AUGGCAUCUAGUUCAUCUUCUAAAACAAGUUAUGAUGUUUUUCUCAGUUUUAGAGGAGCUGAUACUCGUGAUAAUUUCACCAGCCAUCUUCAUCAAAAACUGGUGGAUAAGCAUAUCCUAACUUUCAUUGACGAUAGGCUUGAUAGAGGUGAAAAGAUUGAAUCAUCCCUUAUGAAAGUCAUCGAAGAGUCACUAAUUUCAGUCGUCGUUUUCUCAAAAGGGUAUGCAUCUUCUCCAUGGUGUUUGGAUGAACUCGUCAAGAUUAUUGAGUGUAGAGAGAAAAUGGAUCGAAUUGUUUUGCCAAUUUUCUAUCUUGUUGAUCCAUCUGAUGUUGAACUGGGAAAAGGAGUUUUCGGAGAUGGAUUCAGGAAGCUUCAAGCAAAGCACAAGAAGAGUAUGGAUAAGUGGAGAAAUGCUUUGGAGGAGGCGACAACUUUAUCUGGUUGGGAUUCGAAGAAUCACAGGCCUGAUUCUGAAUUAAUUGAGGCAGUUGUCAAGGAAAUCCUGAAGAAAAUUUAUCCUACCUCUUAUAGCAUUUCUGCUAAGUUGGUGGGGAUUGACACACAAAUUGAGCAAAUUUUGUCAUUAUUGCAUAGUGGGUCAGAUGAUAAACCUUAUUUCGUUGGGCUUUGGGGAAUGGGUGGCAUAGGGAAAACCACCAUUGCCGAAGCUCUUUUUAGUCGUAUAUCUAACCAGUUUGGUGGUUGCUGCUUCCUUAGCAAUGUCAGGGAAAAUUCAUCAAAGUUUGGUUUGAUUCAGCUAAAACAUAAUCUAUUAACCGAGCUUUUAGGCGAUGAAAAUUUUAAUAUAAGAAUGCUUCAUGUACUUCCCACUUCUGUCUUAGAGAGGCUGAAAAGAAUUAAAGUAAUGAUCGUUUUGGAUGAUGUCAAUGAGUCAGCCCAAUUAAGUAGUUUAAUAGGGGAUCUCAAGAGUUGGCUGAGUCCAGGUAGUAGAGUCAUUAUAACAAGCAGAGACUACGAAGUGCUUCGGUUUUGUCACAAAACAUACAAGGUUAGGCAACUCCAGUAUAGUUUUGCUCUCCAGCUAUUUAAUAGCUAUGCCUUUAAGCCGAACAAUCAUUCCAAGGAUUAUACCGGAUUGGCAAAAAAAGUGAUGAAGUAUGCACAAGGUGUUCCACUAGCACUUAAAUUAUUGGGUUCUCAUCUAUGUGAAAGAUCCCCAAAAGAAUGGGAAAUUGUAUUGGAUAAAUUAAAACAUUCUUCUCAUUCUGAAAUUCAUAAAAUAUUAGAAAUAAGCUAUAAUGAACUAGAACAGGAGCCAAAAGAUAUAUUUCUUGAUAUAUCAUGCUUCUUUAAAGGAGAGAGUAGAAUUCAUGUGAAAGAUAUACUCGAGAAAGGUAGUGGGUUCAGAAAUUUUGACUGGGGAAUAAUGCGCCUAGUUGAUAAAUGUCUUUUAACCAUUGGGCAGGGUGAUGUAUUAGAUAUGCAUGAUCUUAUACAAGCUACAGGUAAAGAAAUUGCUCAACAAGAAGGCAGCAGAUUGAUGAAUUUCAAGGUUAUCAGUCAGAUGUUAACUAAUAACAUGGAGAAUGAAGCAGUUCAAGGCAUAUAUUUGGACUUGUCUGAAAUCAGAAAGGUUUACUUGCACCCUAAAGCUUUCUCAAAGAUGACUAACUUAAGAUUGCUGAAAUUUCACAGGCAGAAUCGGGAUGCACAAAAACUGCUAGAAUCAGGAUUGCUAGAUAAAUCAAAAUAUCUUCAUUGUCUUCCCAACACGCUAAGUUUGUUACAUUGGGAAGAAUAUCCCUAUAAAUUUUUUCCAUCAAACUUUUCCAUGGAAAACCUUGUUGAGCUUACGAUAGCAUGGUGCAGUAUCACACAACUUUGGGAUGGAGACAAGUGUCCUCAAAAUUUGAAAAGGUUGAAUCUUUGUGGAUGCCAACAACUAUUGAAACUCCCAAAUCUCUCUUUGGCUAGAAAUUUGGAGAAAAUAUACAUUAUUUUCUGUGAAAAUUUGAUUGAGAUUGACUCCUCUAUAAAGCUCCUUUACAACCUUACUCGUCUCUUGAUAUAUGAGUGCAAGAAACUGAAGAGUCUUCCUGAGAUUCCUAAAGGCAUAAAAAGGUUAGAUCUAAGCAUUUCUGGAGUGGAAGAGUUGGCCCUUUCGGUUCCAUUUCUGAAUGUCGUCAAUGCAAGCCUCAAUCUCAGCGGCUGUCGUAAUCUUCAAAAGUUGCCAGAGAUCACAGGAAAUGUUUUAUAUUUAGAUAUAAGUCAGACUGCAAUAGAAGAAUUGCCCUCAUCAAUCAUAUCUUCCUCAUCACUUAUUAUGUUGAGAAUGGCGCAAUGUGAACAUCUCAUGAUUCUCCCGGACAGCAUUUGUGAGCUGGAUUAUCUUGACGAGCUUGAUCUCAGUGGCUGCAGAAAUUUCUGUAAAUUGCCUCCUUUGUAUGGUUUGAAUUCCUUAAGAAAAUUAUGUCUAGAUGGGACUGCACUUGUAGAAAUCCCUAAUGACAUUGUCUCUCUACCAUCACUUAGAGAAUUGAGUUUAAACAGCUGCAAGAGACUCCAAAUUUUGCCUAAGCUUCCACAGCAAUUAAUCCAGCUCCAAGUUCAAAACUGUACAUCUUUGGAGACUGCAGAAUUAUCUUGCUACAUUCCAUCCAUAGAACUGUCUGAAUAUGUUGAAUACUUGGAAAUGGGUUAUGAUAAUUUCGUUACAUUCAAAUUCUAUUACGGUAAUUGCCUAAAUUUGGACGAGAAUUCACGUUCAAGCAUUCUAGCAGAGGCACAGUUCAGUUUAGAAGAAGUAGCCAUUGCUUUUAACAAUUCUACAGCGAAGAUUUUGGAUUCUUAUCAAUUCUGUAUACUUGGAAGUGAAAUUCCAGAGUGGUGCAAAUAUGAGAGCCAAGGAUCUUCAAUGGGGUUCGAACUCCUGCCUGAUUGCUUUAACAUUUCAUUCUGUGGGUUUGCUUUUUCUUUAGUUCUUGAUCAAUUCAGCUUUGGCUUUUACGAUGUGCCCCUCUGCCUUGAAGUUGAAUGCUGUUUCAAAAGUGUGACUGGUGUAAAACACCACUUGUUCAGUUGUUGUAUGCGUUCUACCGUAGAUCGUGUGCAUUUUAAAUCAGAUCACGUGCUCCUUUGGUUUAAUUCCAAUGUGGAUUUUGGUUUAAAUGAUUGGCUCAUAGAAACCGGCAACAAUGUCAUGAACGAGGCCUCAUUUGAGUUUAGUGCAUUUAAUGAAUGGGGAAAGAACAAGGAUACAUUAAAUGUGAAGAAGUGUGGGGUACACCUGAUUUAUGAGACGGACGAGCUUAAAGCAGAUGAACCACCCAUAGAAAUAAUGAAAUUGAUGGAUCCUGCUUUACUUCUUCCGACCCCUUCAUCUAUUCUCUGCGUCCAGUGGUAUUAGAGCCCAAAUGGUGGCUAAGGGCAAUGGCGGUCUUCGUGACCGUGUUCAUGAGGUGGAGCCCCACUUUCGGGGAACGAGACGUUGCAACAAUUGGAGCAGCGUCUAGAUCAAUAUAUAGAUAUUAUAUUCUAGCGUUUUGAGCGACGUUUUGAAGAAAUGUGGAUCGUCUAGACUCCCUGGGAGUUGAUGCACAUAGGAAUUCGAAUAUCAAUAAACGACAAAAGGUGGAGAUGGCUCGUGGUGAUCCCAUUGAUAUACCUAUUCAUGUACGUAGAGAGUGAGAUUCUAAAGGAAAAGGCGGAGGAUCUGAUAACAUAUCCAAGAGAGUAUGAGUCCUUGUGUUGUACCUGCCCAAUUAACACCGAAGAAGGAUGGGAGUUUGCGGAUGUGUGUCGAUAGUAGGUAUCACUAUGGGAUAUAAAUUUUCCAUACUGAGGCUAGAUGAUAUGCUUGACAACCUGGGCUAAGUGGUUCGCAAAACUGGAUUUGAAGAAUGGUUAUCAUCAGAUUCGCAUUAGAGUUAAGGGUAAAUGGAAAAUAGCCUUCAAAAUAAAGAGGGCAUGUAUGAGUGGCUGGUGAUAUCAGUUCGAAAUGUCAAAUGCACCUAACAUCUUCAUGCGAUUGAUGAAUUAGGUUCAAAAACCUUUUAUUAGAAAAUUUAUGGUGGUUAAGUUGAUGAUAUGUUAAUUUAUAGUGAUACUGAGUAGGACCAUUUGCUGCACUUGAGGAAGGUCCUAACAGAUUUGCAGGAGAAUAAGCUAUUUGUUAAUCUCAAAAAAUGGAGUUUCAUGAUACAAAAACUACCAUUCCUAGGGUAAUAUUUUUUUGAUAGUAGU